AUGAUCGCCGAGGAGGACAAGCCGGUCAUUGGUGGCUCCGCGCCGAGGCGCCGGAAGAGCAAGCCAAGGAAACUCUUCCCGAAGAUAUUCGAGAAUUUGAGGGAGAUAGACUACUUGAAAUUGAAGAGAGUCGCCGUCAGCGAGCUUGGUUUCUUGACAAUUCAGAAAUGCACAGUGGAUCUUCGGAUGCUUCCCUAUGGAAUUGCAGGUGAUACACAUGAUGAUUAUUUGCGCAUGGCAGAGUCCAUGGCCAUUAAUUGCAUGUAUAGAUUCUGCAGGGAAAUUGUGGUAGUGUUUGAAAAGACCUAUCUGCGCACACCCAAUGCACACCCAAUGCGGCAGACCCGGCUCGGAUCUUGGCACAAAAUGCAGAGAGGGGUUUUCGUGGGAUGCUUGGCAGCAUCGACUAUAUGCACUGGGCAUGGAAGAACUGUCCAUUCGCACACCAGGGAAUGUAAGGGACACAAGGGUGCAUGGAGUGUUGUGCAUGACCUAUGGAUUUGGCAUGCGUUCUUCAGCAUGGCAGGAUCACACAAUGAUAUCAAUGUGUUGCAGUUCUUAGAUGUGUUCCAGAAGCUUGUCGAAGGCAAUGCCCCUUCGGUGCAGUUUGAGAUUAAUGGCCACCAGUAUGACAAGGGCUACUAUCUUGCAGGUGGCAUCUAUCCAAGAUGGUCAACAUUUGUGAAGACAAUCUUAAACCCUGUACCUAGAAGGAAGAAAACUUGGUUUGCUCAAUUGCAGGAGGCUGCCAUAAAGGAUGUGGAGAGGGUAUUUGGUGUGCUGCAAGCUCGCUUUGCAUUGUCCGAUACCCUGCUCUUACAUGGUCCAAAGAGCAGAUGUGGGAGGUCAUAA